AUGUUGAUUCUAAAUUUGGUCUGUCUGUCUGUCUGUCUGUCUGUCUGUCUGUCUGUCUGUCUGUCUGUCUGUCUGUCUGUCUGUCUGUCUGUCUGUCUGUCUGUCUGUCAAUCAAAUCAUCAUGAUGUUGUUUUCAUGGUAGUUGUAUCGCGAAAGUGUCUAUCUAUUAAUAUAUUUGUUGUUGUUGAUGAUUGUCGUGUUUCUCCGUCCCUCUCUUCUAUCUCUUUAUAG